GGGGGGCCCCGGGCCAUGGCCUGUCUGGGGGGGCCCCGGCUGCUGGACUGGGCCAGUCCCCACCUGCAGUUCAACCGCUUCGUGCUGACGGGCUACCGGCCGGCGAGCUCGGGCUCGGGCCGCCUGCGGAGCCUCUUCUACCCGCACAACGAGCUGGGCAACCACGACCCGCACCGCAUCCCCCUGCUGGGCUUCGUCUUCCUGCUGCCCCUGUCCAUCCCGUGGGCGCGGAUCUCGGUGGGCUGGCUGGCCGUGGUGCACUACCUGGCCUGCGUGGUGCCCCAGCUGGGCAGCGUGCUCUACCACCUCUUCAUGAACCACGAGGGGGGGCCGGCCGUCUACCACACCCUGCUGACCCUCGACAUGUGCGGGGUCUGCAUGGUCAACACGCUGGGUGCCCUUCCCAUCAUCUACUGCACCCUGGCCUGCUCCCCGCUUCCCCGCAGCGCCGCCCUGCUGGCCUACACGGCGCUGUCCAGCUACGCCAUCAUCUGCGCGGUGACGGCCCACUCCAACGUGCGGCGCCUGCGCUCCUUCGCCUGGCAGGCCCUCUUCCGCUUCUUCUUCUUCUACCUGCGCUGGGCGGGCCUGGGCACGGGCCACCCCUCCUCGCUGCGCUCGUACCUCAUCAUGGACGGCCUGGCCCUGCUGGGGGGCGUCAUCAACAUCUCCCGCGUGCCUGAGCGCUGGCAACCCGGCCGCUUCGACUACUGGUUCAACAGCCACCAGAUCAUGCACGUGCUGGUGGUGGUUAGCAUCCUCUACCUCCACUGGGGGGUGGUGGCCGACUUGCUGUGGGUCACCAGUUAUGCCUGCCCCCAGGACUGACCGGGCCCGCCAGCCAGCAGAGAAUGGUGUGGUCUUGUGCCUGCGUCCCUCCAGGUCACCACACAAUGGAUUCCCGUUGGCCAAGGGGGUCUUCUGGAUCCACUCCCGUUUGCUGAGGGGUCUUCUGGGUUGCCGGUGAUGGAUUCUCAUUGGCCAAAGUGUCCUCUUGAUCCACUCCUGUUGACCAACAAUGGAUUCCCAUUGAUAAAGGCAUCCUCUAGAGUCACUCCUGGUGGCCAACAAUGGAUCCCCAUUGGCCAAGGGAUCUUCUGGAUGGCCAAUGAUGGAUUUCUGGUGGUUUUGGGGACUUCUGGAUCAACGCCCAUUGGCUAAGGGGUUUUCUGGAUCACCAGAGCAGGGCUCCCACUGGUUGAGAGUCAUUGUGGGUUGGAUUUCCAUGGUCAAGAGCUCUUCUCUGUUGCCAGUAAUGACUUCCAUUGACUAGACUCCCUUUGGCUAAUGAGGGUGCUUCUGGGUCACUAGCCACAGGCUCCCUUUAACAAAGCUCGAGCCAGAUGCCCACUGUUCGUGGGUCAUUCUGGACCACCAGGGAUGGAUUUCUAUUGUUUGCGGUCCUUUGGAUCCUUCUGGAUCACCAGCAGUGCUUGCCCAUAGGGACUGGGGCAGGGUGGGGGGCUGCGAGGGGCACUAUUUUGAGGAGCUGGGAGGUGGAGCAGCCUCCCUCUCCCUUUAGACCUUUUAUCCAGGUCUCUUACAGACUUUGAGACACCAUGCAAUACUUUCUACUUUUUAAAGGGCUGACAAGG